AUGACCACAACUAUAUCGAAAGAAGAAAGGAGCGAGCCUCAAAUCAUUGUUGAUGAUGAAAAGGUCGAUUCAACUUCGAACGCACCGACUUUACGUGAACCUGCUCAAGACGAAUCCCAGGCAAAACCAGAAGAUGGCGACAUCACGACAGAGGAAGAGGAACAUGAAUGGGUAACAGGAUGGAAACUCGCAAGCAUGAUGACUUCCCUCACACUUGCGGCCUUCCUGAUGCUGUUGGAUAUGUCAAUCAUCAGCUUCAGGCUGUUCCUCGAAUCACAUCGGACUUCCAUUCUUUACCGGACAUUGGAUGGUAUGCUAGCGCAUACAAUCUUUCCAGAAUGCAACAACAGUGCGGCUUUGCAACCACUUUCGGGUAAAUUGUACAUGUAUUUCAACACGAGGUGGAGCUUUUUGGCAUUAUUCUUUAUCUUCGAAGUUGGCAGUCUGAUUUGCGGCGUUGCCCAAUCAUCCACCAUGCUCAUUCUCGGUCGAGCUGUUGCUGGUAUUGGCUCUUCUGGUAUUCAGAAUGGUGCUCUGACUAUCAUUGCGUCGGCAGUUCCAAUUCACAAACGUCCUUCUUUAGUCGGUAUUCUCAUGGGAUGUGCCCAGUUGGGGAUUGUUAGUGGGCCUUUGCUAGGUGGUGCUUUCACCGAGUAUACUACUUGGCGAUGGUGUUUCUAUAUCAACCUUCCAAUCGGCGCCAUCUGUGCUGUCCUCUUUCUCGUCGUCCAUAUCCCAAACCAUUCGGUCCCGACGGACGAAACCACCAUGCAGAUAUUGAGGACAAAGUUCGACUUUACCGGAUUCGCCAUGUUCUGCCCGAGCAUAGUGAUGAUAUUACUGGCGCUUCAAUGGGGCGGCGUCGACUAUCCUUGGAACUCUGCCACCGUUAUUGGUCUUUUCUGCGGAGGCGGCAUUCUUCUCAUAAUGUUCGUUUAUUGGGAACACCGCGUUGGGGAAAAUGCCAUGAUUCCACUCAAUAUUAUUCGCAUCCGUCAGGUCUGGACUGCGUGUCUAACACAGCUCUUCCUCUUUGCUACGAUUCUUGUGGCUUCAUUCUACUAUCCUGUCUAUUUCCAGUCCGUCAAGGAUGCUUCGCCUUUUAAAAGCGGUGUCAACUUGCUUCCUAGUAUUCUCACUCUGAUUCCCGCGGCUGUCUCGAGUGGUAUUUUGGUCCAGAAGGUUGGGUACUAUUUACCGUUUGCCUCAGCCAGUGCGGUGUUGUCCGCUAUUGGUUUUGGUCUCGCAUCGACCAUGGGUCCCUAUACCUCAACCGCUACUUGGGCUGGCUACCAAAUCUUGGUAGGCGUUGGGCGCGGGCUCGGUCUACAAAUGCCCAUCAUCGCUGUCCAGUCCAAUACGACUCCUGAAGUGACACCUAUCGCCAUGGCCAUUCUGACGUUCAGUCAAGUUUUUGGAGGAGCCAUAUUUGUUACUGCUGGCAAUGUGAUUUUCACCCACGAGCUCCGGAACGAACUGAUGGCAAGGCUUCCCGACGUUGACACUGAAUCUAUUAUCAAUGCUGGUGCUGGAGCAGUCAGUGAAGUCGUGUCCAAAUCCCAGUUACCAGAGGUUUUGUGGUCCUACUCCAAAGGUGUCCGCGCAACCUUUCUGCUUGCUGUGGCUGCGUCUUGUGUUAUGUUUUUCAUGUCGUUUGGUAUGGGCUGGAAGGAUAUCAGGAAGAAGCCAGCGGUCAAGGCUGGUGAGGCUUAA